AUGCAAUAAUCUUAAUCAUAUAUUAAAAGUGAUAAAAGAUGUGAUAGACAACAUGAUGAGGGAUCUGAUAGAUUGAUAGCAAUUUGUUUAAAUCCUCAUUGUGAUAAAAGAUUAAUGUGUUGUUUUUGUUAUCAUGAUUAUCAUUGUGAACAUGUAAAGGAUGUAAAGACAAUAGCAUAAGUCUAAUAAAUGUGUAAAGAUUCUAUAGUAAAAUUUGAUAAAUUGCAAUUGACAAUAAUGUUAUAAUAGAAGGCAGAUUAGUUUAAGUCAGUGGUAUAGAGUAUUAAUGAGUCAGUGGAGAGAUUAGUCUAAUAUUAUAUAAGUGAUAUAUAGUAAUUGUAUUCGAUGAUGGAAGAGUUGGCUGAUAGUUUUGUAACUUUGUAAUAAGGGAACAUAAAUCAAUUUACAAAUGAAUAAUGCGAAUUGUUAUCAACAUUUCAUGAUGAGAGGAUAUUAGAUAGCAUAGAGGACAUAGCAAAUUUUAUAGGAUAGAAAAUGGGAAUAUAAGAUUUAUUGAAGAUAAGUAAUGAUUUACAUGAGAAGUUGAUGAUGUUAGAUAUGAAUAUACUAUUGGACAAGAAUAUAUAUAAUGAGUAAUUGAAGAAGUUUGUAUAAUGUCAUGAGAUGAAGUAUGAAUGGAUUUAACCAGAGUUCUUAUUAACUAGAAGUCCAGAGGUUAUGAAAAUAGUAUAUCCAAAUGAAGAUUUUUAUAUAGGCGAAGUAAAGGGAGAGAAGAAGUUUGGUAGAGGUAAAUAAUAAUAUUAUUAGAAACAAUAUUAGGAUUAUUAUUUAAUAAGAUAGCAUAGACUUAUUAGUAUGGGAUAUUUAGAGAAGAUAAUUUUGUUUGGGGUUAGUAAUUGAUGGUUGAUUAGAAAAAGCGUUAUUGGAUUAAAUAGGGGAAAUGGGUGAAUGGAAAGAUAGAAGGAAAAGGGAUUCAUGCUUUAUUUAAGGGAGAAUAUUAUUAAGGAGAUUUGAGAAGUGACAUUAGAGAAGGGUUUGGAAUAAUGAGAUACACUACUGGAGAUGAAUAUUAAGGGUAAUGGAAGAUGGGAUAAUUUCAUGGUAAAGGUUUAUAUAAAUAUGCCAAUGGAGAUGAAUAUGAAGGAGAUUAUGUGUAAGAUAGAAAAGAAGGUAUUGGUUCAUAUUAAUAUAAAAAUGGAGAGUUAUAUGUAGGAUAAUUUAAGUCUGGUUUAAGACAUGGAAGUGCUAUAGUGAAAUUCCCUAAUGGAGACAUGUAAUAUAUAAUACAUAUAUUGAUGUAGUUAUACUGGAGAAUAUGUAAAUGAUAAGAAAGAAGGAAAUGGAGUUUAUAAAUAUAUAAAUGAUAAUAUUUUUGAAGGAACAUAUAAGGAUGGAUAGAGACAUGGACAAGGAAUAUAUACUGAUGUUGAAAAUGGAAUAAGAGAGAUUGGAGAAUUCGUUUAAGGGAAACAAUAAGGAGAACAUAUGGUAUUUAAAUUAUUGAAAGAUAAACCAUAUUGUAUAAAUGUUUAUGAUUAAGGUAAAUUAGUUAAUACAAAAUCAUUAUGA